AAAUGCUUCAAGUAUCGGGGAAAACUGAUUGCGAAAGAACUCGAGACAGUUAAUACGACUUAUUCAACAUUCAGGAUUGAUUAUAUAUUGGAUACAUUAGUUUGCAACAGUCACACUAUCCAGGUGGGACUCGUUGAUCGCAUUCGUUUAUCGUCACCGCGCAUCAACUGCCCCGCCAAUGCGCCUCACACAUCGUUAAUAUAAACUGGCUGGAAGCGAAUAUAAGUUCGCCCUCAGCCCCCCAUACUAGCUAUGGCGACUACAUCGACUAGCAGCGGUAUUCUUUAUCGACCUCCUACAAACGGCACUACAAGCUCCCAUGGCAGUGCGGCAAACAGACGAACUUCCCUCUCGUCCUUCCCCUCGUCUCGCGCCGCGUCGCAAGUCUCCGAACAUUCGCGCAUAUCUAAGUCCCCUGCUCCUCCUGCGCAUGAUGAUGGCCAGCAAUCCCAAUGGAACUCUACCCAAAGAGCAAAGACACCAUCGAGCGACAUUUCCCCACAUUCGUCACAGUCCCCUGUGAAGUCCAACCCCAAUGCGCAUUCCCAUAGAAAGUUGCGUUCCCAAUACCCACGCGGAGACACAGAGAAUCAUGUCGAGUACAUCCUUGUCGCGUCAUUUGAUAUCGAUCGAGGACCUGUCAUGGAACACCAAUAUCCAGUAGCUAUAACUGGAGACGAACACAUGCUCGCAGAACUUAUGUUACCGGACCAAGCGCAUGUACGGAACCAAGAUUGGACAAUAUUUUUCCUACAUAAAGAUACGAGCCAGGAGGAGGAAGAGGCAGAACUCAAGGCCGAGAAACGCCGUAGAAAGAAGAGAAGGAGGGAUAUUGCGGAAGGCCUAGUCGAGGCGGACGAAGAGGACGAAGCGGACCUAGAAAAUCACCCAUCAGAUGAUGAUAGCGACAGCUCAGAAGAAAGUGAAGAUGAGGGAGGCGAAGGGCCUCCGCUUAUUUACGUUUUAAACUUGGUGAAUACCAAGCAAGAUAAAACGGCCAAGAGAGGAGCUGUUGUGAAGGCCAUGGCGAUAUGCACAAGGCAUCCAUUCUUACAUAUUUAUAAGCCCCUUUUAUUAUUAGCAUUGGAGGAGUACUUUAAGGCUCCCCACCCAACCACUCUGUCUGUUUUAUACGAUGCAGUAAAUACUAUGGAUCUUUCGCUCAUGCCAAGGUUGUCACUCCUUGAGAGAUAUUUACUACAAACGAGCGAUAAUCAAGAUCUCUUCUUGGAGAAGUUUGAGCAGAUGACUCAUAUAAGGAUGGCUGAAGACCGAGGAGAAACGAUCAAAAGUGCAGCAAUUGGACAUAGCAGCCCGGAGAAGAAAUCGGAUCUCACCAGAAAUGGUACGAGAGCGCAUGUCCAGCAAGGGCACCCCGAAUACUUUGUGCCUCGAGAUACUCACGAAUUCGAGACACGGGUCAUCUACAACGGGAUUCCGAUACCAAUCAAAGUCCCGGUUGCGAUCGCGCCAGAAACCGUUGGCGACUUCUCGAUGAUUAAACUGAUACAGACCUUUGGGGAUCCUCACGCUAAAAACCCACAGCCAUUCACUCUACACUCACACCUUACCACUGGUGGGGCAUAUACUCAUCCUAUCAUCGUCCUUGUAAAUGCCAUUCUUACUCAGAAGCGGGUUAUAUUCUUAGGCCACAACAGGCCUUCUGGUGAAGUUGCUGAAGCAGUUCUCGCUGCUUGUGCAUUAGCAUCAGGAGGUAUCCUUCGUGGCUUCACACGCCAUGCCUUCCCAUAUACAGAUUUGAGCAAGAUCGAUGACCUCCUCAAAGUUCCAGGUUUCAUUGCCGGUGUGACGAACCCGACGUUUGAGAACCACCCAGAAUGGUGGGAUGUCCUAUGCGAUCUUCCGACUGGACGGAUGAAAAUAAGCCCUCGGAUUGAGCAAGCACCUGUAACUGAAGGGUUGGUCUUUUUCCAACAACAGAACCCACAGUUUUCAACUCAUACCAUUGCGGCUACAUCUACUACGCCAACGUCUGCUGAUCCAACCGGUGAUGCUGCGUUUAUGGCUGAUGUUCUCAAAAGCAUAGCUGCUCGGCACGGUGAAAAUGCCGUGCGAUCAAAGUGGAGAGUUUGGGUUGAGAAGUUCGCUCGAAUUUCAGCAGCCUUCGAGGAAACAGUGUAUGGUGCUAGUGCUCUGUACAUAGGCAGUGAAGAAGACCCCAAACAUGCUGAUGGCACUAGUGGACACGGCUACGUCUGGAGCGAUGAAGGGGCGAGGCAAAAAUCGCUUGCCGGAAAUGCAAGCAGGAUUGAAGGAUGGCGUAAUACUAGAAGCUAUUAUAGCUUUAUCCAGGAUCUUGCUCGAUAUUUCACCGUUCAACCUCAGAAAUAUAUAGACUUGCAUCACCUUCAUGACCGACUGAAAGUUCAGAAAUUAACCCAAGCGGCUUCGGGAGAGAUAUACAUUGCAUUCUCAAAAGCAGCAGUGACGUAUGACGAGAUCUGCCAACUUCUUUCCGUCUGUCCUGUGAAUCAAGCUGGUGUGUUUUAUAUAGCUUUAGGGCUAUUCCAUAAGGACAUCGAGGUACGGAAAUCGGUUGUUGAGCUUUUGGAACGGAUCAGCGAGCACGAAGCUGGGCGACAUUGGUGGAAACGCCUCAGUCGCUUCGAGAGGUUGGCAUAUAUUAGGAUUAAGAUGGAGAUAGAGGCAGGUGAAGGGGGCUCUGGCAAGCAGGCCAAGCGUUCUCCAUUCGAGGGUUUACGGGAUAGUUGAUUGGGUUAUGUUUGUUUUGGAUGGUGUAUGAAUCACGAGGCUAUGAUAGCGACGACGGUUACAUUUAUGAUUUAGGCGCCCAUGGAUAAAGUUAUGAUCUGAAGAUGGGUAGUGAGCGUUGGUAUUAUAAUUUUGCCCAUUCAGAUAUUGUUAUGAUCGUGCCUUGCGGAUUAUCGUGACCCCAGGGUUACGGAAGCGGGGUAGAGGGGUG